ACACAAACACUCUAUUGUCUUGAUGACAAACCUGUGAAAUUCUAUCCCAUAUCAUUGGCAAUGGAUGUUCAUCUUCUGGAUAAAGCUCUGAACUGUUAUGGGUCAUCACUCCUUCAUCAGCUAGAAGCAGAACAUGGAGAUGCUGCAGUUAUUCCAGUGGCUUUGCGCAGAAAAUAUUCUGGCAUUGCAACAGUUAACAAAGACUUUUGGUCUUCCGAGGAUAAAGAAAAUGGAGAAUUUAAAGCAGCUGUUGAAAAGUUUAUUGCUAAAAAAGCUGACCUUUUGUUUGAAUCCAAACACCAUCGAAGUGUGACGAAGGAUGUACUAGAGGAGAACCCAGAAGAUGUUUAUGGCAUACUUGCACCUUUGGAAUCCUUCAUGCAUGUACCACCUGAUCUGUGUCAUCAGCACUUCUAUGAGAGCCUAUCUGUGGAUGAUGUUGUAAUUGGCGUCGUCGUGUCUGUAAUGGAGACAGGUUUGGUUGCUCGCCUCUUGUGUGUUGACAGCCCAAGCAUGGACCGAGAUAUCGAUGAACUCGACAUCACAGCCUUUUGUCCAUCCAAGGAGCUGCCACGAAUGUUUACUCAUCAAAGUGUCACAGAAGCUUACCAGCCACGUGAUAUAGUGAGGGGCAUUGUUUUGUCCAUUAACCCAGAGAAGGAGAAAAUUAUAUUGUCACUUCGGGACAAGUCUGACGUGGCAGAGAAGGAAAUACUUCCUAAAAUAGGACUUAUCAGUAAAGAUGAUUUUCCUGUUCAUUACAGGCGAAAGCUGCAGAAGAAUGAGAUGUCAUUCAAUCAGCUUCUUCAUUCCAUCCUGGGAUUCACCAACAAGGGCAGUGUAGAUUUUCUGCGUUCAUCCCUAGGUCUCAGCAACACAAGCUCGCUUAUGCGAGGACUGCACAGAUUGAAAAUUCCAGAGGAGGAGUAUGCAGACAAACUGAGAAAAUGGCAAGCGCAGAAGCAGGCUCGUUGGAGUGUAGAACAAGGUGUGGAGAUGGUCAAAAAAGGGAGGCAACUGGAGGCCAUCCAGUAUUUGAACCGAGCGCUACAGCUUGAUCCUGACAACACAGAGGCUUUGGUAGCCAGAGGCGCUGUCUAUGCUAAUAACGAGUGUUACCCAAAAGCAGUGGAAGAUUUCGAGAGGGCCCUUGAAGCUGAUCCUAAACAUUCAAAUGCUCGCAAAUACCUCCUCGAAACAAGACUUGCAUUUGGAAGGAGCCAUGAAGAAAGGGAUCAGUUGGAGGAAGCAGAAGAUGAUUACAAGGAGGCACUGAAACUGAAUCCACAAUCAAGCGAAGCUCGAGAUGGGUUGGAGCGGGUCAAACAUCUUCAGGCUAAAGAUAAAUCUAAAAAAGGAAAACAUUCACCUGUGAUUGUUAUUUCAACAUCUGGUUCCUCUGAUGAAGAUGACAAACUGCAGAGGGCUACAGAGACACUUAAACGGUUAAUACAUGCAGACGAUAAGGACAACAGAAAGGCUAAGACAAAGGUGGGCUCUAGGAGUAGAUCAAGAAAGAAAUCAAGAAAACAUAGCCGUAGAAAGUCUCGGCACAAGAAGUCCUAUAUGAGCUCAUCAUCAUCUUCCGAGACUGAUUCAUCCAGCAGUCCAAAUUCAGAAAUCCAGAAAAAACAAAAGCAGCAUUACACAAGAUGCCCUGUGGAUGAUUCGCCAGAUUCAUUAGAAUCGGAACAAGAAAGAAAAAGCAACAGUCGGGGUAAAGACAGACAACUGACUUCAGGGCCCUUACACCGGGAAAAAAUUCAGAUCGAGGGAAAGCAUUUGACGUCAAGGCCCCAAAAGCAACAAUCUCGAGUGAAGGAAAAAGAGCUGUCGAGUGACAGCUCAUUGUCAGAUGCAAGUUAAGAGACAGGCAUUCCCGAAGUCGGAGUAAGAAGUCAAGAAGAAGAUCGCAGUCCCAUUCUCAGUCACAGCAUGUUACCACUGAGGGAAGUACUGGCUGGACCAGUCCACGAAAGUCUAAAGGGAGCAACUUCUCUAAAAGUGCUUACCAAAAUAAAUUAGGAAAACUCAAGAGACAUUCCCAUCCACCAGUGAUUCCUCAAGCCACUUGGGGCGGCAAUCAUCAAGUAGCAGUUCAUCGUCCACGUCUGACAGCAGUCAGUCCAGUAAUUCAUCUGAUGAGAGACAUACACGCCAUAGGAGAGUAUCUUUAGAGACUGUUUCGUCGGAGAAGUCAUCUAGGAGUAACAAGAGAAGUGUUUGGAUAGAAAAGACAGCACAUAACAAAGAUACACAAAAACAUGGGGCAGAAAAACCCAGACAUUUACCUUCGGGUAGUCAAAAUCACCCCACAAGACCAAGCAAAG